AUGUCCACGCCCACCCCUCCAACCCUGCAAAAACCAAAACAUGUAAAAUACUGGCUCCGCUGCUUGAGAACCUGUCUGCCGACUGACUACACCAGCACAGACCUGAACCGACUGACCCUCGGGUUCUUCUGCAUCGCGGCUCUCGACCUCCUCGGCUGUCUGCACACUGAGACGACGGAAGAGGAGCGCGCGGGAUGGAUCGAUUGGGUAUACAAGAACCAGUUACCCGCUGGAGGAUUUCGCGGCAGCCCCGCUACGGACCUGGGCGAAGGGGGCAGCGGUAGCGAGUGGGACCCACCGAUUGUCCCCGCCAGUUUCUUUGCACUCGCGACGUUGGUCAGCUUGGGCGAUGGCCUGGGACGUGUGAAGAAGAGGGCGUUGCUGGAGCUCCUUCCAAAGGUGCAGAGGAAGGAUGGGAGCUUCGGGGAGUGGUUAGGUGGCGAUGGGCAGAUCAUUGGCGGGAGUGAUAUGCGCUUUGUGUAUUGCGCUGUCGCCAUACGGUGGAUCCUGCGAGGCAGGGAAGGGAAGGGUGUGGUUGAGGGGAUCGAGGACAUUGACGUGGAGGGGGUUGUGAGUUUCAUUAGAUCCGCCGAGAGUCACGAGCAUGGAAUUUCCGACAAGGCGUUUGGGGAGGCUCAUGGUUUCUUCCCUCUUCCUGUGCUGGAGGGUGGGAUUGGGGCUGACGAGCGUACACAGCGGGAUUGACGUACUGUGCCAUCGGAGCUCUGGCCCUGCUGGGUCGACUGCACCCCACCUCCGAUGGACUCUCCGCUCACGCGAACAUUCUCAGAUGGCUUACCUCACGCCAAGUACCUUCACAAGCGCAGGACGAACUAAGAAACGAGGAAUACGUGCACCAGAUAGCCAAUGGCACGGAGCAAGAGAUCGCAGCUGGGGCUGUAAUCACCUACGGGGCGGAUGGAAAGCCACUCUGGGCUGGCUUUAAUGGAAGGUGCAAUAAGCAGAGUGAUACGUGCUAUUCAUUCUGGGUUUGCGGAAGUUUAGAUGUAAUCCCCCCAACUUCCAACAGGCACCUGAGACUAACUGAGCCUCAGAUGAUGAGAAAACUCCAUCUGAUUGAUUUCGACAGCAAUCGGCGAUUCCUACUAGAAAAGACACAACAUUUCAUUGGGGGCUUUUCAAAGCUACCCGUUCCCGGGACGCCGCCGGAUAUCUUACACAGCUUCAUGGGACUGGCCAGCCUUGCACUUAUGCGAGAGGAAGGGCUUAAUAGGUUGGAUCCCACGCUCUGUAUAAGCAUGCAAGCGAAGGAGCGAUUGGUAAACAUGGAUUGGUGGAGGGGCGUGGCGGCGUGA